AUGAGCACGAAGAAAGAAGCUAUCCCACAUACAGACAGCGACAUGGUGGAUGAUCCAGAGAAGAGUUUCUCGGAGUGCGAGGAUGCCGACACUUUGGAGCCUAACCUCAAGAUGCGCGAUGGCAUCGUUCUGAUGCCACAACCGUCCGACGACCCUAACGACCCGCUCAACUGGUCGUGGUUUCGCAAGCACGCCGCUAUGUUCACCAUCUCGUAUCUAGCUCUCGUCUGUUACGUGGCUGUGACUACGCUGGUGACAGGGACGGUGGUCCUGGCUAAGUCCUUGCACGUCCCCAAGUCGACGGCCGUCUACCUGGGCAACACGCCCGUCGCUCUCUACGCCGUGGCUCCCUGGCUCUGGAGCCCGCUGAGCCACUUUAUAGGCCGUCGCCCGGUGCUACUUAUUACUAAUAUCAUCGCCAUAGUCGGAGCUAUCGUUGUCACAACGUCCAGGACAUAUGCAUCUUGCAUGGUUGGCCGCGUCAUCCUCGGUGCUGGGGGUUCGGCGUUCUGGACACUGGGGCCGGCGAGUAUUGGGGACAUUUUCUUCCGCCACGAGAAGGGCAAGAAGAUUGGUGUGUCGACCUUGGCCAUUGUGAUCUCACCAUUCCUGGGGACAAUCAUCGGCGGGCCCAUCAUUGAGAACGAAAAGCUGAGCUGGCCGGCCUCCCAGUGGAUUCCGCUGAUCUUCAUGGGCGUGGGCUUCAUCAUGCAGAUUUUUUUCCUCCCUGAGACUAUUUACAUUCGAGAGACACGCGCUCAUCCCGCAACCAUGUCCACAUCUACGCCGGGCAAGUCCACGUUCUGGGAUCGCUACGGGAUCCACAUCCCCAAGCGCUCAGAGGAGAAGCAGCACAGCUUCCUCUUCAUUGCCACACGCCCGUUUGUCCUUUUCAAGUACCCCGCGGUGAUACUGUCAGCCUUCUGGUUCGGUAUCACCUACAUGAUGCAUGUGGGUAUCACGGCCGAAAUCCCGCUCAUCUUCGAGGCGCAGUACAAUUUCUCCGUGCUCGGUGUUGGGCUGUCGGGCUUCUCAGGACUCAUCGGCGCCCUGCUCGGCGAGGCUUAUGCGGGACCCUCGUUGGAUCUCAUCGCUAAGCGGGCCAUGAAGCAGGGCCACGAGUGGCGCCCUGAGUACCGCCUGAAGGCUAUCUGGCCAGCAGUCAUUACCGUGCCAGCCGGGCUGAUUAUGUUCGGCACGUCGAUACAGUUCGGAAAGGCUUGGAUCACUCCUCUGAUCGGACAGGCCAUUUACAUCUUCGGAAUCGAGGUUGCCACCACGGUAAUCCAAACCUACAUCCUUGAAUGUUACCCUCGCCAGGGCGCCGAGGCAAACUUGGUCUUCAACCUCAUCCGCAAUUUGUUCUCAUAUACAAGUCCGUUCUUUCUGCAGCCAAUGAUUGCAAACCUUGGAACCGCCUCUCCGUUUGGCCUCUUUGCUGGCUUGACCGUAUUCUUCUUCCCUUUCACUGUGGGUGUCUUGAUGUGGCGGGGCAAACAGAUUCGGGACAAAGGAGGAGAUCCGGGCUGGAGUAGGGAUUGA